AUGGCUCUCGAGAACUGGGCCACCACGGCCGUUGCCUCGGGCUUCGGCCUGCUCCUGCUCCGCAUCCUCGUCUCAUACCUGACAUCCCCCUUAAAGUCGUUCCCCGAGCCCUUCUGGGCCAAAUUCACAGAUUUAUGGCGGAUGCUAGACUACUGGAACUGUACCCAGAUCCAGUCGCACCGGGAACUGCACAACAAACUGGGGCCUGCUGUUCGUAUUGGGCCGAAUAUGAUCAGCCUCAGCGACCCGGCCCUCCUGAAGACUGUAUAUUCCACCCGGGGCGACUUUGCCAAGAGCAACUUCUAUGAGAUUGCAGACGCCAUCGCCAACGGCCAGAGGAUCGAAAAUGUCUUCAGCACGCGCAGCAACACCUUCCACAACAGAUACAUGAAGCCGUACCAGAAGUACCUCUCGAUGGAAUACCAUACUCGAAAAGGAGCAUCUGGCAGACAAGAUGACGGCCAGAAUGCUGGCAAGACAGCCGACCUGGCCGACUGGAUCGAAUACUGUGCCUGGGACCUCGACUGGGAGCUGACCUUCAGCCAGGACAUGGGAUUCCUCAAGUCCGGGACAGACGUCAAGAACACUAUCCGCACUGGCGAGAUGAUUAUGCGAUAUCUCGGCUGCAUUGGCCAAAUGCCGUGGCUGGACAGACUCUUGGGCAAGAACCCGUAUUGCCCUAUCAAAUUUUCCACUUUCGAACACGCAGCCGCGUACAGCUUCCAGCGCGUGAUGGAACGGGCCGCGAGCCAGGACACCAAGACGCGCAAAGACUUCUUGGAUAACUUCCUCGAGGCUAAGGAGCAGCAUCCAGACAUUGUCGGCUAUAACGAAGUCGUCAGCUAUCUUAUGAUGAAUGUGCUCGCCGGUGCAGACACCACCGCCAUUGUCCAGAAGGCCAUCGCCUACAACAUCCUCCGCCACCCAUCUGUCCUUGCGGAGCUUCGAGCCGAGCUUGAUGCGGCAAAUCUGGCCUUCCCGCCGAUAUACGAGCAGACCAAGGACUUGCCCUAUCUCAAUGCCGUGAUUAAGGAGGGAAUGCGCAUGCACCCGGUCAUCGGCGGCAUUCUCGAGCGAGUCGUCCCAGCCGGUGGCCUGACCCUCCCCGACGGCCGCGUCAUCGCGCCGGGGACCAAAGUGGGCAUUAAUCCGUGGGUGUCGUCGAGGAACAAGGCCAUCUAUGGAGACGACGCCGACGCGUACCGGCCAGAGCGCUGGCUCCGCUCCGACGGCGAGACGGAAGACGCCUACGAGAUUAGGUUGAAGAGGAUGAAGGACGCCGACUUCACUUUCGGCUCCGGCAAUCGGAUAUGCGUGGGCCGGAACAUGGCGACUGUCGAGCUUCACAAGGUCACAUCGACACUGUUUAGCCGCUAUGACCUAACCAACAAGCCCUGGCGGCAAUGCUGUGCGGACAUGCUCGUGCGGGCAUCUCACGCAGACUACACACACCUGUACGUCACGUACCCCAACAUCUCGUUUGACGAGGUGGUCGUGGGGGUGUUGUUUGGCUGA